ACAAACGCAAAUCCUAUUUAAUCGAUGAAAGAGAAAAUCGUUUCGAUCAGAGAAAAUUCAAAGCUACAACUACACUUCAAUUUCUCCACACCAAUUUUUUAGAGAGAGAAAAUGUCGAACGAAACAAAUACCACCUCGACGAAGCAGCAAAACCCUAAAAAAGCCAAUUUGUUGGAUCAUAAUUCUCUCAAACACAUCCUUGAUGAAUCUGCUACUGAGGUUGUUAAGAAUCGUGGAUAUGUGGAGGAUGUUAGGAUGAGCAAUGUACGAUUGUUGAUGGGAACCUUCAUCAUAGCCAUUGCCUUGGUGGCACAGUUUUAUCCUAAGAAGUUCCCAGAGAACAAGGAUUUUUUGAUCGGAUGCAUCACAUUAUAUAUCGUCUUCAAUGGUUUGUUGCAGCUGAUCAUUUACAAAAAGGAAAAGAACGCUAUAAUGUUUACUUAUCCUCCAUCGGGAUCUUACAAUGCUACAGGCCUUGUCAUAUCUUCAAAAUUACCAAGGUUCUCUGAUAUGUACACAUUGACAAUCGAAAGCGCUGAUCCAAAAUCAAUCUCCGCCCACAAACCUGUUGAAUUGACUAAGAGUGUCACCAAAUGGUUCACCAAGGAUGGAGUUUUGGUGGAAGGUCUAUUCUGGAAAGAUGUCGAGGGGCUAGUAGAUGACUAUAACAAGGAACCAAAGAAGAAAAAAUGAAUAGUAUGAGAUUUUCUCUUACCAACAGAGAUCAAAUCAGAGAAUGGUCUUAGAGAUUUAGAAUUCAGUAGAACUAAUUUUAUGCUGGAAAAAACUUAGACAUGUCAAAUCUUUCAGAAUUCUGUUUCUUGAGAUUAUUCUCAUCUUUCUUGAGUGCGAGAAUUUCUGAUCUCAAGAUUAUCAUUGAUAGUUUAUACGGAGUACAAGGUUAUGCUCAAUACUUAUACCUUUUGUGGUCACUCUGUUGUGAUUACUGAUUAGGGCCUUAAUUGUAUUUGGUUGGAGGAAAAAUCCUUUCCACAUAAUGACAUAUGCUACUUUGCUCUUUUUCUUUC